UCUCUGAGUGGUGAUGGGUUGGUGGUUAGACUCAAUAACCUUAGUGGUCUUCUCCAAGUUUAAUGACUGUCUGAGCGGGGCUGGGUUGGUGGUUGGACUCGAUGUUCUUGGAAGCCAUUUCCAACCUUAAGGACUCCCCCUCACCUGAUGCUUUCUGCAGGCUCCGAUGACGGCACGGUGCGUUUCUGGGAGGUGUGCACGGCGCGCUGCAUGAAGACCCUGCCCGUGGGCAGCGUGGUGAAGAGCAUCGCCUGGAACCCCAACCCCACCGUCUGCCUGGUGGCCGUCUGCGUGGAGCAGUCAGUGCUGCUGGUGAACCCGUGUCUCGGGGACAAGCUGCUCUAUGGGGCCACUGACCAGGUGCUGGAGUCCUACGUGCCCCCACAGGAGGAGCGUGUGCAGCCCGUCCAGUGGGUCACAGCCACCAGCGAGGAGCACAGCAGAGGCAUCCGCCUGACCGUGCAACACAGCAAGGUGGGGACAGGGCAGUAAUGGGGGACAGCGUGG